AUGUCUAAAAUUCUAGUAACAGGCGCCAAUGGCUUCAUUGCCGCGCACUGCAUCUCUCUCCUUCUUUCCACAAACCACCACGUCCGCGGCACAGUCCGCUCCGAACAAAAGGCGACCGCGACGCAAGCAGCCCUGACUGCCGCAGGCGUGGACAUAACGAACCUCGAACUGGUCGUUAUCAGCGACCCGACUGAUGUAACCCAGUUUGCGCCCGCUGUGGCCGGUUGCAAGGGCAUCUUGCAUCUGGCGAGCGCGUUCAGCUACGAUGCCACGCCCGAAGAAUUUGAGGAGAAGCUUCUUAUCCCCGCCCUCAAGGGAACAGUUACCGUAUGCGAAGCUGCCUCACAGUAUCCCGAAGUCAAAAAGGUGGUGAUCAUGUCGAGCUUUGCGGCGGUUUAUGAUGCCUCGUUGGGGCCGCAGCCCGGAAGGGUGUAUACGGAGAAGGAUUGGUGUCCGUUAACCUAUGAAGAGGGAAAGAAUGCGAGCCUCGUUCCAAUUGCAUACCGAGCGUCUAAAGUGAUAGCUGAGAAAGCAGCGUGGGAUUACGUUCGUGACCACGAAGUCAGCUAUCAGCUGGUCACAUUGUGCCCAGGGAUGGUCUUUGGCAAGAUGAUUCAUCCGAUCGAGUCGUUAUCGCAAUUGAAUGCCAGCAACCAGAUUGUUUGGGAUGUGUUGAAGGGCAAUGGAAUCCCACCUACAAAGGCACCCGUAUGGAUUGACGUUGAAGACCUUGCCCGGACUAGUCUGCAGGCACUAACUGUGGAUCUACCGUCUCACCAGCGCUUCCUGGUGACGGAGGGAUCGUACGACACACAGGAGAUAGCCGAUAUAGUCCGAAAGGAGCUUCCGGAGAGCCAGGAUAGGAUCGCAGAGGGAGAGCCCGGGAAACGAAUAAAGGAUACGCAUUACUCGUGCGAUUCAGGAAAGGUGCAACUGAUGUUGGAUGUGAGGUUUAAGCCGUUGAAAGAGAGCUUGGUAGCGUUGGCGAGACAGCUGUAUGCGUUGGAGCAGGCCUCUUAG